CUCAAAAGACAUACCCGGUCACCCACGAGCAGUCAGCUCCUUCCAGCACCAGCUGCACUCUCCUUACCCGAGCAACCAAAAUAUAUCCGACCGAAGCUCAGCGAAUAGACCGUAGACGCUGAAAGUCACCGUUCGUAUCGGACAGCAAAACCUUGGGAUUUUUUGAAACGAACGGUCUUCAUCUUGUCUACUUCUGCAACUCUUUGCAUAGACCAUGUCAGACUUCAGCACACCCUCCCCGACAGUACCUUCGUCCGGCUCGCAGUCCGUCGAGGGUACACCCCCACCCGGGACGCCACCGAACCUUCACCAAAAUAGUAUAGACCCCGCGGCACUAUGGCUUGUUCAAAAGUAUGGCGGAACUAGCGUUGGAAAGUUCGCAGAUAGAAUCGCGGAGGAAAUUAUACCAGCAUACCUCGAUCAACACAAACUCGCCAUCGUAUGUUCAGCACGCUCCGGGUCCACUAAAGCCCUCGGAACGACCAACCUUCUUCUCCGCGCUGCCUCCGAAGCCCUCCAACGUACACCACCUGCCGCCAGCGUACCUGCGACUCCCGGUGGCGCAGUCACUCCCUUCCCAUUCUCUUCCAGUCUUGGCUUCCUUCGCGAGCGUUCCUCACGUCCACCGUCCGUAGUCCAGUCACCCGUCAUGACCGGAGCAAACUCUCGCUCCGGCUCACCACCUUCGCUUUCAAAUUCACUCGUCCUCACGCCAGUCACUGAGCCGCCUGUGCCAGAAGCACCGCCGUUCAGUAAGACAGUGGACGUGAUCCGAGACGAACACGUCAAGGCGGCGAGGAAGGCGGUGGUGAAUAGUGCGGAGAUAUUGAAGGAUCUGGAGGAGGAGAUCGAGAGGGAUUGUGAGGGGCUACGGAGUUUCUUGUACGCCACUUCUGUCAUCGACGAGAUCUCUCCACGCUCGAGAGAUAGCAUCAUUGGCUUUGGUGAAAAGCUGGGCUGCAAGAUCAUCACAGCGGCUCUACGAGAUCGUGGCAUCGACGCGGAAUUCGUCUCACUAGAGAACAUCAUACCGCCAACAGACGACGGAGAAGGCACACUCGGCCAGCCAUUCUACGACGCCGUUUCCGCCGUCUUCGCAGAACGGAUCAGACAAUGUGGCUCUCGCGUCCCCGUCGUCACCGGUUUCUUCGGCCCCGUCCCCGGCUCCCUCCUACGCCAAGUCGGUCGUGGCUACACCGACCUCUGCGCCGCCCUUCUUGCCGCAGGCCUCGGGGCCUCCGAACUCCAAAUCUGGAAAGAAGUCGACGGGAUAUUCACCGCCGACCCUCGCAAAGUGCCCACCGCGCGUCUCAUCCCCAUCAUCUCCCCGGAGGAGGCUGCAGAACUAACGUAUUACGGGAGCGAGGUCGUCCAUCCGUUUACUAUGGAACAGGUGAUUAGGAGGAAGAUACCGAUUAGAAUCAAGAAUGUUGAGAAUCCGCAGGGGGGAGGGACGGUCAUCAAGCCGGAUGAGGAGGUGGAUGCAGCGGAGGGGGUGGAGGGGUCUGGGAUGACUACGCCACCCUCGGCGGGAGCAGGAGGGACACCGGCGUUGACGCUCGCUGCCCUUUCUGCGCUCUCGUUUACGGGUCCGGACGAUGGGACCCACCCUGCGCAUCGGAGGCUUCCGACCGCGGUGACUAUCAAAGAACGCAUCAUCGUGCUGAAUGUGAACUCGAACAGGAAGAGCGUCUCGCAUGGGUUUUUGGCGGGGAUUUUUGGGACGUUGGAUCGGUUUGGGGUCGUGGUGGAUUUGAUUAGCACGAGCGAGGUGCAUGUGAGUAUGGCGAUUGAGGACGUGUUGGAGAAGAGGGUCGUGCAGAGGUUGGUUCGGGAGUUGGAGAAGAGUGGGAGUGUCUCCCUCCACCGCGAUAUGGCCAUCCUCUCCCUCGUCGGCAAACAGAUGCGCCACUCGAUCGGAAUUGCGGGCAGGAUGUUCACUACCCUCGCCCAGGGCAACAUCAACAUCGAGAUGAUCUCCCAAGGUGCAAACGAGAUCAAUAUCUCCACCGUCAUCGAAGGGCGGAACGCCGUCAAGGCUCUCAAUUUGAUCCAUCAGAGUUGUUUGCAGAUUAAGAGAGAUGAGGGGGCUAAGGGACGAGUUGGCCCUUGGUUGUUCUAGGAUCGUCUCCACUCAAUAUCACAACGUCCUCGCCGCCACAUGCAGCGUUCAACACCUGCCGCGAGUCGAGGACGUUCUUCCGUAUCAUUUACCACGACCACCGUCAUCAUCAUCAUCAUCAACGUCCAACCGGGGAUGGGAAAAGUUUUGCUUAUUGUUGUAUGUAUGUAUUCAAACCAAAAUGCCGUGCCGGCGCAGUGCUUUCUCGAUUAUGUCCG